GUCAUGUGAUCACUGGAUCCUUCAGCUGAAAGAUGAAGCAUGAACUCUAUCCAGAGCUUCAUCACGUCUCCUUUCACUUUCUAAAAAGGAAAAAACAAUUAAAGAAAUCUGCUGAGAGCUGAAUGUGUGAAGACAACAACUUGAGAGUCUGUGCAAAUAACGAAUGAUGGAAAACGUUUGAUGUCUUUCAUAGUUACAUUGAAACCAGCAUGUAAUCACGUCCCCUCAAACCAUUAGUUUAACGGUACAGAAGUGGCACUUUAAUCUUUCUAAAGAUGACAGAAAACCUGUACGAGACGAAUCAGUUCACCAACCACGCCAACGGGACCUAUUUGUUCCAGCACAGCCCAAGCGCGUUGGGUGCACCUCACUAUGGCGUACCAAAUGUGAGCUCGAUCCAGUCAUCUCCAAUGUCUCCGCGACUCAACCACGAGCAGAUAACAUCUCCUGGCACUCCAGGACAUGAACUUUCUCCAAUGCUUGAGAUGCCAAACAGCGGCGGGACUUGGGAAUAUAACCAGUUUGGAAGGACAUCAUCAUGGGGAUCUUCUUCUCAUGAAGAACUACCCGAAAUCUACCCGUUUAACAUCACGUUUCAAAACAACUUAUCACUGACUUGCAAAGACAACGGCAGUGCUUCUCAUCCUUACAGGUUGGACUCGUUCUCAAAGGCCUUCUCUACGAAAAACAUGCAACUUCUAUUUGGUGAUAGUAACAGGACAGAUGAUAAGCACUCAGAAAAUCACAUUUCAGGGGUUUUGCACUUGCCUCAAAGUCUCCCAGAAGGAUCAGACAGGCAACCUUUGGAGUCUCCGGUUUUUAACCCAAUGGUCAUUCAAGGUCAAUGCGAUCAGACCGGCUUCCAUCCAUCAGAAAGCCAAAACUCAUUGCACGGCCUUUACCAAAACCACCAACAGUUUCACUAUGGAUCCCAGCAACACAAACAGAAAGUGAACAACAUGGAGCAGGUAAACAGGAGUCUCCAAAAGCCACAGAGCUCCUGGCAGCAUCAGCACGGCUAUCAAAGUCACCCAAUGCCAUAUCCGAUGGCCUUGAAUCAACAACAAAGAGGGAUAUUUGCACAUAAAACUCACCUGGACUCUCAUGAACCUGCUCAAUCGCCAACCUGCGACCACUGUCAAGACUUUAAAGUCCCGGAGCAGCAGAUCUUCCAUUAUCAAGACCAACAACAUCUUCGAUCGCUUUCCCAACCUGGCAAUCCUUACCUCGUGCAAGAUAAUGUGCAAUCAAUCCCUGCAAAGCAAAACAACAUGUUUAGCGAUGGUCAUCACUCGGCACCCAACACACCCGUUUUCUCGAGUCCCAAAGAAGACCAAUCUGCUUUCAACUUUCCUCACCGAAGUGAAGACCUCUGCAGCCCACUUUACCAAAACAGGAGCUCAGGGGUCUGUAAAACUCUUCCACAGAUGACUAUGAGGGGGGAUAUUUUUCAUCAUCGCACCGCACAUGCACCUCAGUGGUCACAGACACCUUCACCAGAUAUUCAAGAUGAGGCCAUUUCACCUCAUUUCAGAGCAGAACCUGGGUUUUCGAGAGAGGACGGAUCUCAUGCAAAGAUGAGAUGCACCGUUUGUCACAGGGAGUUCAAAAGUCUCCCGGCUCUGAAUGGUCACAUGCGCUCACAUGGAGGACUGCGGACACACCCCACACCCCUCAAAAUGAGAGACGGGCACAUUCAUCUGUCUGAAGCUGCUCAAAGCAACCCCAUCCUCUUACCUGUGUCAGUACCUGUCAAGGACAACCAGACCCCAACCAAACUCACGCUCAGCCUUCUGUGCCACCAGAAAGAUAAUGAACAAAAUGGUUUAAUUAAGACUGGUGCACAGUCACCCCUCCCAUCUCUACGAAACCACCCUUCCUGUAUAAAGAGAUCUGUCUCGGAUGGAGAAUGUGCACCAAAGGUGGUGAAAAAGAGGUACCGCCGCUGUCUGGUCCCAUUGAUGAUUCCUCCGCCCAGCACCAGUCAGGAGUCCAGAGGCACCGUGCUCUUCCACAGUCAGCUCAGGACGGUGAGCAGCAUGGGGGACGACGUGCCCUACACCCCUCUACCCAUGCUCAGCCCUGUACGCCCGGGAUCAGGCCUCUUCAGCGCCAUCAAUGGAAAAGGCAAGAGCGUCUUGGUCAAGUCUGCUGCAGAUGGGGCUUGA